CCAUCUCGCCCAUUGCUAUUACCAACUCGUCCGCUGACCAUUUUUACCCUCCUCCCGCCGCUGCUCGACUCCUCAUCAUAACGUAAACAUCAUUGCCUGUCAACUGGUCAACUAGUACAGAAAAAUUACGCUCAUGUACUCAAAUGUCUUCUGAGGAUUAUGAGCGUACACGCACCCGGGUUUUGGCGAGCAUACUAGUCGUCUUUUUGCUCGCGACGCCAAUAUGGUGGCGAACAACUGAAGUGUAUCGAGCACCUCUACCCGUUGAGGACAUUCGGGCGUGGAAGGAGGACAAGACUUUCCAUCGAACAUUGACUUUGAAUGUCGACGUGGCGUUUUACGAUCACACUGGCGAUGGCUCGAUACCCACGGCCGGAAAGCUUUUGGAACUCUCAGAAAAGUUGGAGGCUGAUCUCAACGAACUCUAUGGGACCGCCGAGAGGGGACGAGCAGUGAGACAUCAGGGAGACGUGGAGGAGUCUGUACCUGGAGAGCUGUUUGCAGAUGUAAAGCUUUGGUUUCGUAUUAGUGGUGGACUAGGUAGUAAAUACUGGGAACGUGGGCAAAGACCAAAAGAUGUCGCAGCAAAGGGCGAUUCAUGGUCGGCAUCGUCGCUGAACGGACACUACAAAGUCCAUGUAGCAUGCACUCCGCCAGAAGCGGGCAAACAGACAAAUAUUUACGUUAGUUCAAAGAGGGCGGUUUUUGUCGAGUUACCCGGCGAAUGCGUCGACGAUGUCAGAGUAUCCAAUACACUCUUGUCGGUGAUAGGUGGUCUCUUUGCCGAUGAGCAGACAAACUACCUGAAAAUGACGGAGCAAAAGGGAGAGGCAGCAAACACGGAUUGGGAGAGUAUGAGAACAAUGAAAUAUGCGUCAAAGUAUCAAGUCACUUUUAGCUUACUGAAUGCGGAUCCGUCCGAAGUGCUUGUGAGUUGGGAUAUUCAGGAAGCUGUCAAUGCGUAUAUUUUGCCGUUCUUUUCUCAGCUGUCGGAGCUGUCGGAAUUUGCGGUUGAUUCCCAGGUGCAGAAUUACGCAGCCCUUCCCAUUCAAUCGCAGUCGAUUGAAAAAGAUGGACGCACCGUACAUGUCCUUCGCCCAGAGGCGCUUCCACAUUUUAUCAAUUCCGCCGAAUGGAAUUUGGCAUCGGUCGUGUCGUCCGCACCACCGCUAAACUUUGUUCUCUACAUUCCGCCACAAUCACAGAGCCCCCUCCACGUUGUCACUUCCAAGAACGACGUGUUGGAUACGAACGCAUUUCUCAUUCCUCGAUGGGGCGGGGUUGUUAUUUCAAACGCUAAAGAGAUUGGAGUGCGGCAUUUCAGUGUUGAUGACUUGCAUCCAAUUAUGGAAGUGUAUGUCGCGCAAUUGAGGGAUCUCUUGGGUGUCAAGCAUAUUCGCAUACGCAAUGUGGAGACACUAUUGCCCAAAGCUCAGGUCACGUAUGAAACGGCACCCGAUGCUGGCAUCACGUUAUGGGAAUUAGAUCAACUCGUCCGCAGGAGGACGGUGCAAAAUAUCGUCGAUGCUGUGACUACACUUAAUUCUUUGGCGACGUUAAUUACCAAUCUGGAAAGCAUGGUUGUCUUGGACGAUAUUCAAAACCAGGUCUUGUAUGCAUUGGACGCGCUCCAUCAGGCACGACUUGCAUUAGAGGCCAAUGACUUUUCUUUGGCGUCUCAGCACGCAAGGGAUGCCUUUGUUUCUUCUGAAGCGGCCUUUUUUGAUCCGACCAUGGUGUCCAUGUUGUAUUUCCCUGACGAGCACAAGUACGCUGUGUACAUGCCGCUCUUUGUUCCGAUAUCGGUUCCGCUUCUCAUUGCGGUCAUUAGGGAGAUUAAGGGAUGGAAGAAUAGAAAGAAGAGAAUAAAGCAAAAGGAGGAAUAAUGUGAAAGCAUAGGAAUAUUACUUUUGACACUUGCGCAAAUAUUGUACAUUGGCACAUUGGAAGGUGGCCAACUCUUUCACUAUCAUAAUUUCUAUCAACGGUCUGAG